AUGAGUGAAAAGCUGCUGCCUCCGGAGUCAACCUGGCCCACCGAGAAGCUAGAAGGUCUGGACAACUUCCAGUCCUGGCAGAUCAAGAUUGAACUGUGCCUCAGAUGUUUGCAUCUCGAAAGCCAUCUCACGGAGGAGCCGCCCACUCCAAGGUCCAAAGACUGGCAGACGGACGACAUGAGAGUCAUCAAUUUGCUAUAUCACGCCAUCAGCAGCAGGAUUGUCACGAGGAUCUGCCAGGAAGGCUGGUCCAUGGGACAGUCGACCGCCAAGCAGACCUUUGAGCUCAUCAAGGUCGUCAUGGGGCUGAUACCUGAGGAGUUACUGCACGAAGCAGUGGUCCAGUUCUUCUGUCUGGAUAUUCGGGAGUUCGGCACGAUCCGGUCAUAUCUAGACAAGCUGUGCUGGUGUUGGAAUCGGAUGACCACCCUGGACGAGAACCUCGACGAAAAGCUGUUUGUGAUAGCCGCAACCCAGGGUUUCCGCCAGGCCAAGCCGGAAUGGUUCAACAUGUGGUCUCUCGGUUCAUCCAAGCGUGAAGCGCCGACUGAAUCCGCGGUCUGCGCCUUUCUUCGUCAACAUGCUCGGCUUGAGGAAGCCCGCGAGGGCUCAACAGCCUCAGCCUUCGAUUAG